AUGUGUUCUGAAAUUCUGAUAACUAUCUUGUGCUUCCUGACUAUCCAGUGUGAGAAUGGACAUAUAGCCUGCUCUUCCUGCUGCACUAAACUAGGAAAUAAAUGUCCCUCCUGCUCAUGGCCCAUUGGCUAUAACCGUUGCCGGGCAAUCGAGAAGGUUCUGGAAUCAGUCAAAAUUGCAUGCCAAAACAAGCAGUAUGGUUGUAAAGAAAUGGUUAGUUACAGUGAGAUAAAGGACCAUGAAACGACAUGCACACACGCACCUUGUUCAUGCCCUCUUACUAGCUGCAAUUUCAUCUCCUCCGCCAAGCAGUUAUACCAACACUUUCGCAGUCAACACGCCGAUUCUGCUGUGCUUUUUCAGUAUAACUGUGAUUUUACUGUCACACUGAAUGAGGGUGACAAGUUUCUUGUUCUUCAAGAACGUGAUGGUGGUGGCUUAUUUAUCCUUAACAAUGAAACUGAAACCCUAGGAAAUUUAGUCUCCGUUAGUUGUAUAGGGCCCUACUCAUUUGGAAAAAGCUAUUAUAAUCUGCUAGCAAAAUGUGAUGGAAACACUCUCAGACUAGAGUCUUUUGCGACGUGCACUCAGGGCCAGGCUGAUUACUCUCUAUCAUCAGUAUACCUCCUUAUUCCACCUGGUUUUUUUGGUUCUUCUGGCCAGCUCAAGUUGGAUCUCUUCAUAGAACGUCACGAUCAAUCUCCUGGAUGCUCUGAAAGAAGUGUUGAGGCUGCUUAACACGAGCUCAAGUUGGAUCUCCCGCAUGCUCUGAAAGAAGUAUUGCGGCUGCUUAACACGAGUCAACCAUUUGUAGUUAGAGUUGUACAUGAUUUUUAGAUUUUAGAAGAUGAACUGUAUUUGAAUAUCAUGUUAUUGUGUUCAAAGAGGAUAUUGUCAGCCUUUUGCACGUAGUGUUAAUUCAUCUUUGACAAAUAUCAGGGCAUUAUCAGUGUUAAUUGCCUGAUUUUAUUAUUUGUCAAACUUGACUAAUUGACUCUAA